AUAAUCUUUGAACAAAAUCCGAGUGUUUUUGUGAUUUAAAUAAAAAACCAUCGCUUGCUUAAAAGCAUUCCCUAUCCCUUGUUAUAAAUUAAUGAAUUUGAAAAUAAAAAAAGAACUCUGGCCCAUGGGGGGAUCGAACCCACGACCUUCGCGUUAUUAGCACGACGCUCUAACCAACUGAGCUAAUGGGCCACAUGAAAUCUGUAUGUAAUUUGUAAAUUUUCAUCUUGCUCUCUCAACACAACUCUUCAAAGCAUUUAUGGAGGAAUUAUAAAAAAAAAAGUCUACACGUAGAGAUUUCCCUUGACAUUUCUCCUGUCAUUUUAUAUUUAUCAUCAUUCUUUCAUACAUUUUUGUUUACUUCCCCCAAAAACAUUUUCCAAACCAAAAAUAUUAAAAUCAAUCAAGUAAAAAUUAAUUAAAAAUAAAAACAAUUAACCCACAAUAAUGGAAAAACUAGAAGCAUUAAAAAUAUCAUCAAUGCGUCCACGGACCAACAUUCUUGACCGUCCUCUGGCUAAAGGUAAAACAGAAGUAUCCCAGAGCAUUGUGGCUCUUUUAUUCAGUGAAAUUGUGCAAUAUUGCCAAAGUCGUGUCUAUACUGUUCCAGAAUUACAAACAAAACUACAUGAAAUGGGUCAGGAUGUUGGAACUCGAGUAAUCGAUAUCUACUUUGUUCGAGAAAGGAGUUCAAAACGAGAAACUAAACUAACACAAAUGCUUUUGUUCGUCAAGACAACCCUUUGGAAGAAUCUAUUUGGUAAAGAAGCCGAGAAAUUGGAACAUGCAAACGAAGAUGAACGCACUUACUACAUCAUUGAAAAAGAUCCUUUAGUCAAUGCAUUCAUAAGUGUACCCAAGGACAAGGGUUCAUUGAAUUGCGCUAAUUUCACAGCUGGAAUUGUGGAAGCUGUCCUGACUCAUUGUGGAUUUCCUUGUAAAGUAACUGCCCAUUGGCAUAAAGGAACAACUUAUAUGGUAAAGUUUGAAGACUACGUCAUUGCUAGAGACAAACAAUUGGAAGAUAAAUAAAAUACUUUCAUGGAAAUUUCAUAACCAUUCUUUAUUUGUAUUAUUAAUAUUCAUAAGGGAUAAAUAAACUGGCAAUUUUUUCGUUUCACGUUUAAAUGAAUUUGAA